AUGGGCGAUACGCUGGGUUAUCGUAUUCGUGAAUUUGAACCAAAAUGGUUAAGCAAAAUUACAAAUGGAUUCGUGCGAAACUUCCAAUUUGGCAAAGUUUACCAUGGGGUUUAUGCUUGCAAUGAUGAUAAUACUCUUUAUCAUCUUCAUAAAGUGCUCCCUGCUGAUAAUGUAACCCGCUUAAUGAUAGUUUUUCCUGGCCAACGAGGAUCAAGGUUGCCCUUGGAAUUGCUUCUGUAUUGGAAUAUACCAUUUUUGCUCUACUUGAUUCCCAAUGUGGAUGCAGCUCAUAUAAUGCUUAAUCAGGAUGACAACCCUAUAUUAUUUGACUUAAGUAUGAUUACUGGUGGAGUUGUUACUGAUAGAAGAAAACUUAUAAAUCAACAAGUGGUUGGGUGCUAUGGAUAUGUGGAUCCAAAUUGUGCACGUCAAGGCAAAUGGUCAGAUAAAUGCGAUGUUUUAUCAUUUGGUGUUCUGCUUCUGAGUUUAAUAAGCAAAAGAGUAGACUCAAAAGGAGAUGAUGCUUCUGAUACACCCAGUGUUUUUGAAUGGGCCAAAAGUGAGUACAUACAGAGAAAAUCAACAAUGGGUUCGGGUACUUCACUCAAGCGCCCGACCAUAAAGCAAGUUGUCAGGUAUUUGGGGAAUUUGCAUGCCGUUCAGCUUCAUGCUUCCAAUUUCGCCAUUGAUCAGACACUUCCUGUUCCUAGUUAUAAUACUAAAGUGUUUCGUGGAAGGAUUGAAGAAUGGCCGGUGACAGUGAAGGUUUGGGAACUUCAAUGCUGUUAUAAGGUUGAGCCGGGCCAUAAUGAAGGCAGGGUGAGGGAUGAAAUUGUUUUGCUUCAGCAUGCUAAACUGGUCUAUCAUCCAAACUUGGUAAAGUUGAUAGGGUACUGCUAUGAAGGGGAGAAACUUGGUGUUGUUUAUGACCUUAACCCAUUGGAUACUGUAUAUAACCUCGUAGCGAAAGGUAUAUACUGUGCGUGCGUAGAUGCAAUGGUUACAUGGAAGACCAUUACUAUGAAAUGCCAGACUCUCGAGGAUGCAUCUUCUGGCUCUAGUGAUGUGGUUCAGAGUAAGUUUUGGCAUGUGCUGUUGAAUGUUAUAGGCCGAUAG